AAUAGUGAUUCAUCGAAUUGUCGGCAAGUAUUAGUGGUGUAUAACAGUGACUUAGUUAUAUUUUGUUUCAAUGGUGGAUUUCUAUAGGAGUAAGUCCGUAAUCCUUGACUUAUCGCUCUAGAAAUUACUCCAUAGCAUAGAAUCUCUAAAAUUAUUCAGUUUGGAAGUGUUUGAUUGUAGAGUCAUGUGCAAUAUUAUUCAGUAUUGGAGUGUUGAGUACCGUUUGAAGUAUGACAUUUCCAGUUACGGAUUGAAUUUCACCUGUUGAAUAAUUUCUCAAACAAAAAAUAUAAAUCUGGUUACACAAAAAUAAUUGCGUCCACUACUUCUGUUAAAAUGCCCGACUGCUAGCGAUGUGAUGUAUUGGAGCACCUCACUACUGCUACUCACUACCACUCUGCUGCCAACCGAUGUGGGGGGCGGUGACCCCUCCAAAGGGGGUGCCCCAGGACCUGCACUUGGGUCGAUGGGUACCCCUAUGGGUCCUCCCCAGGGGGCUCAGGGACCCCAGCGUAUUUCUGCCGUCCUGAAUGGCGAUUUCAUGCUGGGUGCUCUGUUCUCCAUCCACCAUCAGCCCAAGCAGAAGGGAAACACGUUGCUGUGUGGCAAGAUACGCGAGAUGUAUGGCAUACAACGUAUCGAGGUCACCUUUCAUACGUUGGACAUCAUUAACAGAGACCCGAGUAUCCUUCCGAACGUGACGCUGGGCGUGGAGAUACGUGACUCGUGCUGGUAUGCGCCCAUCGCCCUGCAACAGAGUCUCGAGUUCAUACGUGACGCCAUCUCACCCCCCACCCCGCUCACCAACCAGCUCACAUGUCACAAUGCACAACAGAACGGCGACCUCGUGCAGACUGACCGUCGCCGAGCUCCACUGGUCGGCGUGAUCGGUCCCGGGUCAUCCUCGGUGGCACUCCAGGUGCAAAACCUGCUCCAGUUGUUCCAGAUUCCGCAGAUCGGCUACUCGACGACGUCCCGUGAUCUGUCCGACAAGAAUCGGUUCAACUACUUCCUGCGAGUUGUGCCAUCCGACUACUACCAGGCGCAAGUCAUGGUCGACCUGGUGCGCACGCACAACUGGACCUAUGUCAGCGCCGUCAACACUGAUGAAAACUAUGGCCAAAGCGGUAUGCAAGCUUUCAAGGAGCUGGCCCUGCGGGCGAACGUAUGCAUAGCCAAAGAGGACAGUGUGCUGAGCAACGCAGAUGACGAGGUGUUUGACAGUGUGUUGCGCAAGUUGAACGAGGACAGGAACGCUCGUGUGGUGGUGUGCUUCUGCGAGGGAAUGACUGUGAGAGGACUGCUGGCUGCCACGAGGAGGCUCAACCUCACGGGCAGGUUCCUGUUGUUGGGCAGCGACGGCUGGGCUGACAGAAGCGACGUAGCCGAGGGUUUCGAGGCCGAGGCUAGAGGCAGCCUCUCGAUUCGCAUCCACUCGCCGUAUGUCUCGGCCUUCGACCAGUACUACUUUGCCCUCAAUCCAUUCAACAACUCGCGCAACCCCUGGUUCAAGGAGUUCUGGCAGGACAGGUUCAAUUGCUCCAUACCUGCCAACCAUCCUGGGCCUGCUGCCAAUGUCACUCAUGACCAGCAGGGGUUGCCUGUUUGUACUGGCAAAGAAAAGCUGAGCGAAAAGUACAAGCAAGACCCGAAACUGUCGUUCGUGAUCAAGUCGAUCUACACGGUUGCAUACGGACUGCACAACCUCUUCAAGGAUGUUUGUGGCAGCAACGCUCAAGGUCCCUGCCCUGGACUCUUCCCCCUCAACCAAUCACUCUUCAAGAACUACCUGAUGAACGUGUCAUUCACAUACGGGGGCGAUGGUGAGACGGUCGAGUUCGACUGGAGAGGAGAUCCUCCGGGAAGGUACAACAUAAUGAACUUCCAGCAGCUGGCGAAUGGCAGCUACGAUUACAUCCACGUUGGAGACUGGAACAAUGGCAGUCUGCAGCUGCGUGAAGCACUGCAGCUGGGGCAUGCGCCCUCGGGCCGAGUCGAGUCGGUCUGCUCACGGCCUUGCAACAAUGGAUACCGCAAGGUCGAAGAUGUCAGGUUUGCCCAAGGGAACGUGACAGAAAAACAAAAUUCCAAUGCAAAAGAUGUCGUGUUGCAUAUUGUCUGGGCUGCAGAGCUGAUCUUUGCUGUAAUUGUGAAUAAAAUUGAAAGAGCUAUAAUCGGUAUGUACAACAUAAUGAACUUCCAGCAGCUGGCGAAUGGCAGCUACGAUUACAUCCACGUUGGAGACUGGAACAAUGGCAGUCUGCAGCUGCGUGAAGCACUGCAGCUGGGGCAUGCGCCCUCGGGCCGAGUCGAGUCGGUCUGCUCACGGCCUUGCAACAAUGGAUACCGCAAGAGUUUGCAGAGUGGGGGCCAGGAGAAGAAGUGCUGCUGGGUGUGUGUCCCCUGUGAUAGGCACGAAAUAAUAGUGGACGAAUUCACCUGCAAGCCAUGUGCACUCGGAUACUGGCCCAACAUCAACAAAACUGAAUGCGCCCAAAUCGCAGUGGAGUUCACGAAAUGGACGGACACCGAGGCACUGGUGUCGAUGGGGGUCAGCUGCCUUGGCUUUGCAUCGACGGGACUAGCUGCGGUGGUGUUCAUCCGCCACAACAACACACCUGUGGUGAAGAGCAGCACGCGAGAGCUCAGCUACCUGAUUCUGGUUGGCAUGGCGCUCUCCCACUUGGCAACACUGCCCAUCCUGGCCAAGCCAUCGGCUGCCUCUUGCCUGCUGGCUCGCCUGCUGCCAGGGCUCAGUUUCGCCUGCAUCUAUGCCUCUCUACUCACCAAGACCAAUCGCAUCGCCAGGAUACUGGCUGGCUCCAAGAAGAGGUUCCCCAAAAGGAAGCCCAGGUUCAUGAGUGCUACUGCUCAGGUGGUGAUAACGCUGAUCCUUAUCGGUGUGGAGGCGGUAGUGCUGGGCUGCCUGCUAGUGGUGGAGCCGGUAGGCCCCGCACUGCAGUACCCGAGUGUGGAGCGAGCCGUGCUCGAAUGUAACUCGAGUCCGCGCGCCGUGCUCGCUCCACUCGCCUUCGACUUCCUGCUGGUGGCGAUGUGCACGCUCUAUGCGCUCAAAACGCGCAAUGUGCCCGAAAACUUCAAUGAGGCCAAGUUCAUUGGAUUCGCCAUGUACACCACAUGUGUCAUAUGGGUCGCAUUCCUUCCUAUCUAUUUCGGAAGUGACUCCAAGGUGAUCACGAUGUGCAUGUGCGUGACGCUUAGCGCAAUAGUGACACUGGUGUUCCUGUUCCUGCCGAAGCUGUACAUAAUCGUGGUGCGACCCGAGCGCAACAACCGCGCGCACUUCACCACCAGCAAGGAGAUCCGCUGUCACAUCGGCACUGUCGCCGGAGCCCACUCCCUCACUCACUCCACUGUUGACACCUUCACACUGGCUGGCUGCAAGGACAGAGCCGGAUUGAGGAAGAUGAAUAGUAGUUCUAUGGAUAGGAACUGCAAUAACAACCAUGUACCAGUUGCCAGGCAUACAGCAAUUCUAAAAACUAUCUCCGUGCAAACUGGCGCCGAACUGGUCGACGCACUUCUGGACAUGACGUCACGACGCAAAAUGGCCGCCGCAGCAGUCACCACACCCAGAUGGGCCGAGCUGAGUCCCAGGGCACUUCUGGACCCCCCCAAAUUGGGUGCCACCAAAUUGGGCCCACCAUCCAGAGGUGGAGGUGGCCGGGUUGCGCCCCUAAUUCGCGAGGAGUCGGUGUCGGCAGAUGAAGGGGAGGACGAUGGUAGCUGCUGUAGUGGACAAUAUAAGAGUAUCACAAUCAGGCUGGGGGGAAGCACCCCUAGCUUGGUCUCCAUUACUUCGUUGCCUAUGUGACUCCACGGUUCAUAUCUAUACUAUUCAGAGAGUGAUUAUGUGCUCUGAAGUUUGAAUUAUUCUACUUGAAAACUGAUUUUGUAAUUUGAGAAGAGUAUCACCAUUCUACUAACAGGAAUGACCCCCAAGUUUGCUCUUGAUUGCUUCGUUGCCCAUAUGACCCUGCAUCUUUACAAAAUGAUCACGUAUUCUCCAGAACUAUGAAUGUAAUCUUAACAACACAUCGAUUUUCAAAUUUUGUGACAAACUUUAUACAAAAUUUUCCAGGGGACGGCCCCCAGCUGGAGGUUCCCCUCUUGCUGGAGGUUAUUCGAUACCCUCUGACCCCACGAUGGGGGGCCCCGUAAUCAGCCAUAGCCGAGGGCCCCCAGCUGCGCCAGACCGAAGAGUAUCAAAAUAUGACUAAGAGAUAGCACUCCUACUUUUCUUUUGAUUUGGUACUUACAGAGACAACUGAUACGCUAUAUUUUCUCUAUGGUAGGCCUACCUACUUCGUUGCCAAUGUGACUGCUCAAAUUAAACUAGCAGAUUCUUUCGGAUCUUAAACUAUUCUUCUACAACUAUUACGUGUUCUAUUAUCAACCCGUUGAUUGAGAUAGAGGAGUUGAACCACAGUAGUAAAAGUAGGCUACAUAAUAUUGAAUUGUUUUUUCUUCUCAAACAGUAAGAGAUUUCAAGGGAAGAGCAUAUUCUCUUCCAAUAAACAAAUGCUCUCAAAGUUCAUCAUUGAGAAAAAAAGCUGGUCUUCUUUGAAUCACUAAAACAAUUUUCCAGCUAAGAGAAUGAAUUAAUUUGAAAAAAUGCUUAUUAAUUCUCCCAAGUAGAAUCACUUCAAAAAACAAUCAGAAGAUAUUUUCUGAAGCCUGAAUAUUCUUUAUCUCUGGAAAUUUUCAAAUCAAAUAAUAUUGUGUAGUCAAAUAUCAAUCUAGUCAAAUUUUUGUAAAGAAUUUGUAAUACAUUUGCAUGCAUUAUGAGAUUUUAGAUUCUCUAUUGUACUAUGCCAAAUUUUCGUGAAGAAUUUGUAAUACCUACAUUUGCAUGUAUUAUGAUUCUCUUCUGUAUCAAGCCAAGUGUAUCAAGCCAAGUGAUUUUAAAAAUUUGAAAAUUAUCAGUAGCAGAAUAUUGAAUAUAUUCAAAAUGAAACACAAUCGAUCAAAUCGGAAGUGAUAAGGAAUAUAUUAUUUUAUGAGUUGAAAAUUAUUAUCAAACCAAUUCAACUAUUCAUUCAAUGAACGUGUGUGAUAUUCUCUAGUCUAGAAAUUUUCACGUAGAUUAGUUGUCAAUCUCUCAUAAUAUAAAUGAUAAUCCAACAUUGAUUAAGAAACGAAGGUUUCAAGGAUUUCUAUGAACGGACCAAGUUAGAGAAAUUGUUCUGAAAAAAGAGUUUCUUUAAUAGAAUAAUAUCGAUUGUAUUAUAACAGAACAAGCGAGAACUAUCAAUAAUAGCUACUGGUUUGAAUAAAUUGAACAGUUAUAGAGGAGCCGAUAAUCAUAUUCUAUUGAUAGAAUCUAAUUUAUUCUAGAAGUGAGUGCAUUUUA